AUGUCGAGAGCCGAAAUUAUUGCAUUUUCAACAUCCGUUAUAAUAGCAAUAGCAUGUACGGUCGCUAUAGGAUAUCAAACAUAUAUUAUACCGAAUAAAUUACGAAUAACUUGUUUAUUAUGUGUACCUUUACAUAUAUCAUCAUUACUACUUGCAUUUACGAGAUCAUUUUUUGGUAGUCCUGAACUUAAGUGGUAUACAAAUUCUUAUUUAUUAAUCACUUCAAUAUAUUCAUCAGCAUCAAUAUUAUGCAUAAUGGAUAUAGGAAAGAGUAAAUUUUAUCCUCAAAAUUAUUAUAAUACUACAUUAUAUAAAUUAGCAAUAAUAUUUUUAUCGGCAGCAAAUAUUAUUUGUGUGAUUUCAAUUGUAUUAAUUAUGUUAGAAAGAAUAGUAGCAUUGAUUUCUAUACCUUUUUAUUUAACAACUAAUUUAUUAGGUGGACCUGGUAGUUAUUAUUGGCAAAUAACAGCUUAUAUAGAUGUGAUGUUAAGAUAUUCUGUUAUCAUGGUAGUAGGAAUGACACCUUCAAAAAAUUUAUUACUAUUUAUAAAACGUAAAUCAUUUAGAAUGACUACUCUUGAUAUUUCAAUAGGAGAAAGAGAUGUAAUAAGUUGUGAAAUUGAUGGGGUUGAUAGUGGAAUAUGGAAUAUGAAUGAUUUGGAGAAUUAG